UGCUUUCUUGGCUUACUGCCCUGGAAGUUUCUUUAUUAGAAGUACUUCCUUGAUUUUGAUUUGUGCCCUUAUUUAGUAUUCCAAAGUAUCCUUGUAUAAAGCUUAAAGGGCCAUAAUAUCCGUUGCACAUAUCUAAUGAGAAAACAGUAUCAGUCUUUAAUGUCAUGUGUUAUAUGCUUCCCGUGCCUUACUCCGUGAGCCCCUGGUUAUUGUUUCUUAUCAAGUCCCAGUUUUUGAAACAGGGCAUGGAGACUCCCUAUAUAGGUAAUACAGCCUCCUUAAGUUUACGUGAUCACUCUCAGAAUCUUCAUGGGUUUACAGAUUUCUUCUUUUAACCUUUGCACCCUGGGUGCAAUACCUCUCUUUGAUUUGAAUGCCCAACGUGUAGCAGAACUUCCACUGUGUGGUCUCUCCUGUCUCGUAUAACCUUAGUGGUGUUCCUUCAGCGUAAAUAUCUGAGUAAACCAAAGGGUCAAAGGUGCAUCUUUGUUGGGUUAGGUCCUUCUCAAUUUGAAGAGAGCUCAAUUAUUUGGUGGACGAGAUCUCUUGAAAAAUGUUGUUCACAUUCUUGUUGACAUUCUUUGUUAUCCUUGGUUUAUACUUCUUAAUUUUUCAAGGUGUAUUUGCUUCAGAGGCCUCAGCUUUGGUUAGCAAUGAGGAAACCCAAUUGAUUCUUAGUGGAUACAUAUGGUGCAAUUACAGUCCUUUCGGGUGGUCAUCCCUCCCUGAGUUUGGCAACUCUUUUAUCCUGACAACUUGCCUUAAUGUUUAGAAUAAGCCUUGGAUGCAUUAGGGAUUUGGGUUGAACAAUAAUAAUGUAGUAUGAGGCAUAUGAAAGGGCCGCACUCGAAGAAAGUGAGCUGCUGCAGCAUUGCUUGUCCUUGGUGUUGCAUAUGUAUCCCAUGACCACAGGCACAAAUCAGGUAGAAGCCCAUCCACGACCAUUGCACAGAACAAGCCCACCAUUAUGGGCUUAAGUGUCGCUUCCAGGUUCUCAUGGCCUUGGUAUCCAAAUCCAUCUAGGAAAAUCACAGCUGGUAAUAUACUGCCACGACCGUGGGUAUGCGUAUACUGCCACGAAUGUGAAAAUGCGUUUCAGAGGAUCAUUUAGCAAAGCUUUUCUCCAUGGCCAUUGUUACCAUGCUCUUAGGUAGCAAAGUCAAAUUAGUCAAAUGUAAUCUUAUGGCUUUUAGUAGGGAUUGUUUAGGGUAAUGUUAGCCUCUCUAUAAACUGGUUGCAAGCAAUAAUCUAAAUUUGUUCGAUGAGAGAUGAAAAUUUUCUAGAUCUUUUCUCUUUUUAGAUCUGUAGUGAUUAGUGAACCUUGCUUUGUGACAAAAUCUCUUCCUCUGUGGAUAGGAUACUAUACUUCGAGCUAUUCAUUUAAUUUGUUUUUGAUUAGUAAAUAGUUCUUGAUUCAAGGUGAUCAAUCUCGGAUCCAGCCGACUAGCAUCCUUUUCCACUGCGCAACAAAAAGCUGCUUGUCUUUGGUUAACUACUUCACUGAAUUGAGGUUCUUUCUCGCGUCUAGCAUAGAGGCGCCCUCACAGGGCACGACACUGAACGUAUUGAUACUCCGCAAUUUGUGACACAAUUUAGGCUGACGAGGGUUAUUUUCUGAUUCAGAUUAAGUCAAGCCUGGAGUAGCACAGAGGUGAAAAGUGUUUAGAUAAUAGAUAUGUAUGAAGUCGCUAAAGCGGGCAUUGAAAUGAGUGACAUUCUUGUUCUGGAAUUUCGAGGGGCCGUUGGUUUGCUUAUCUUUUUGCUUGAUUUUCCUUGGCAUAAAAACCCUCAAACAACUAAAAAAAUAGGGCUUGUUUUACUUGAAAAUUCUGCAAUUUCUUGGAUUUCAUGAUUAUGGAUAAACGUUCUUCUCAACUUCUUAAAGAUUUAAUGAGAUACUUUCUAAAUGAGCUCUUUACAGUUAACAAACUGCAUUUUCCUUAGUAAAUCACCCAUAGCCGAAAGCUCGAUCAUUCUUUUAACAAACUGCAUUUUCCUUAGUAAAUCACCCAUAGCUGUUUUACUUAUUGUUGAGAGUACCUUGUUGAGAUUGGCCUUCUUUCCUCUGAUUAACUCUAUAACAGAAGAAGAAACGCAACUUUUGAGGUGAAGGUUCAUGGUAUACACUUUAAGGGUUUUAUAUUGAUCAGGAAAAUAGGCAUCCUCUUAUAAUGUCAGCAGGCUUCCAUGUUAUGGCCUCAUUCGUUGUGAUGUUGACCAUGUUGACCUAUCGGCUAUCACUGGUACAUUUUGUAGCCUAAGUGGUAUCACUUUAAUCGCCAUUUAAACUUCUCUCUAUGAUAAAGUACUCUUUUCUGAUUUGUAGUAGAAGUCCUACCUGAAACUCAGCAUUGCAUUGACAGACUGUUAAGUCCACCUAGAAAAAUCCAGAUUGUUUACGUGAAGAAGAGGGUAACCAUCCUAUGGCAUGCAUUGUUUUUUCUGUUCAUUGGGUUGAUGGCUCAUGCUGUAUUAUUUGCUGUAUAUAAUUUUUAUUUGUUAGAAUGGACAUACAACAUGUUCGUUUAACUUGUCUUGCAUUCCCUUCUAACAUCUAUUGUGCUCACUGUAGUGCUUCAAAGCAAAGGAACUUAAGGGUCUACAGUACUUAUUUCAUUCCUAUUCUUGUGUGCUGUUGUCAUGACUCUCAUUAGGGUAGGAUCUUUCUACCACCUGUCAUCCUUGAUCUCCAUCGACAUUGAUAGUUGAUCUUUCUGUUGGUGGUUGUGAUUCCUUCUUGGCCAUUUGUUGAAUGGACAUUAUCUCACCCAUUGUUGAUUAUAGCAUUAUCAUUCUAUGCAUACUAACAGUUUAGUGAUGCUGCUUCCCUAAUGUUGUAGUGUUGCUGCUGAUGCUAUGCUGUUGUUCUGCUGCUGAUGCUGCUUUGUCAGCAUACAGUCAGCAAGUCAGUUAUGAGUUUGUUAUAACAAACUUUAGAACAAUCUAGAUCCCUAAGCUGUACUAUAUAUACUUCAUUGCUGUAAUAAUUAUAUUAUCAUCAAAUACAGAAAAUCAGAAACUGAAUUCUGCUUUCUUCUUCUUCUCUCAAUCAAUACUUUUCUAUUCUGUUUCGUUUUUCUUCAUGGUAUCAGAGCAGGAUCAAGGAUCCUUGGCUCAAUUUUUCUGAAAAUUCCGCAAAACUGUUAUCAGUUCUGUUUUUUGUUUGUUGACAAAUUGAUCAAUCGAUUCUGGUGAUUGUUCACUGGAUUUGUGGUAUUCUUUUUGAUUCUGGAUUUGUUUUUCCAUUGGUUUCUGGAUCUGUGUUGAUCAUCUUGAUCAAAACUGCUGAUAUUAAUCAAAACUGCUGAUAAUGGCUGCUGGUGAUGAGAAUGUUAACACCAAUUCACACAGAGAUCUUCCACCUAAUCAAGAUCCAACUAGCAUAUAUUACAUACAUCCAUCUGAUGCUAAUUCAGCACAACUGGUUUCAUUCAAGUUCAAUGGUGAAGAAGGAUUCACUAGCUGGAAAAGAUCGAUGCUAUUAGCUUUAUCAGCAAAGAACAAAAUUGGAUUUGUUGAUGGAAGCUACAUGAAGCCAGAUGCUGGAACAGUAGAAUGCAAAGCUUGGGAAAGGUGCAAUGAUUUGGUAUGCUCUCUGAUCCUAGGGAAUCUGAAUGAGGUAAUUGCUAAGAGUGUUAUGUUUCUCAAAUCUGCAAGAGACAUUUGGCUUGAUUUAGAGGAUAGAUUUGGAUUUGCUUCUUUGGCUCAAAUUUAUUCACUCGAACAAAAAUUAGCUGAGAUAGCACAAGGAAACAAGUCUGUGUCUGAAUUUUUUACUGAAAUCAAGUCUAUAUGGGAUGCAAUUGAAGAGGCUCAUCCCUUGCCUUAUUGCACCUGCAACAAUUGUACUUGCAAUGUGACCAAGAAAUUUUUCCAAAGACAACAAGAAAAAAUGGUCAUGCAGUUCAUGAUGAAGCUCAAUGAUCAGUUUGCUACAAUUAGAGGCAAUGUACUCAUGGUGCCUACUUUGCCAAAAGUUUCUGAAGCCUACAGGUUGUUUGCUCAAGAAGAAAGACACAAAGAGGUGUCUCAGGCUAGUAAUCAAGUGGAAACAUUGGCAUUUGCAGCUGAAAAGAGAAGAUUCAAUGGAGAUCACUGGAACAAUAACAACAAGAGCUACAAGACUCAGCAAACAGGAUUUCAAUCUGGUUUUCAGAAAACUGGAACUAAUACAAGAUAUGGUAAACCAGGAUCCAACUAUUAUUGCACUCAUUGCCAAAUCCAGGGUCACAGUGUGGAGAGAUGCUUCAAGAUCCAUGGUUAUCCACCUGGUUUUAAGACUAGGGACAACAAAACAGCUGCUGUUUCUUUUGGAGGUGAUUCUAAUGAAGGAGAAACAACAGUGCCACAAUCUGAAACUAAUCCAGUGAUUACUAUGGACCAAUAUCAACAGCUUAUGGAUAUGUUGGCUAAGCAACAGCAGAGUGCAGGGACUGGAACAAACUCAGCUAUGAUGGCAGCUUGACAUCCAGAGCAGAAUUCCCAUCAGCAGCUGCCGUCAUGGAUGGUUUCGGAGAUGCAGACCUAACAAUAUCCAAAGUACGAUUGGCGUUGUCAAGAUUGUCGCAAUGAUGACACUUCUCAUUGAAGCCUGCUGCAUCCUCCUUCCCCGGCCUUUUCCCUCAAAAAGUAAACUAGAGAAAUUAAUUGAAUGAAACUUAGCUUCUCUAUUUAUCCUAUCUUUAUAUGUGUUAAAUAUUGAUCGCAACACUUUUUCCAACAUAAUUUUCCUUUCCCAGUUUAAGUGACUUACUCUUCAAAUCAGCUUACUGAAGAAAGGAUCUUAUGUAAUGCGAGGAUAUUAUGUUGAAGACAGAUUGUGGAAGAUAUUUAAAUGGAAAUCUUGGCCAACGAUAAAUAUUUAUUGUGGA